GCAUGCGUCGUGGUGAUCGUAACGGAAGCAGCACGGCAGCACUCACAGCUCGGCUGUCUGACAGACUGAAUGAGAACGCACUGAUUUCGACCUAAAAAUGCUGAAAUUCCUACCUAAACUGAUGCUGCUGGUGCUGCUAGCAUUCCCGGCUACUAUUCUCAUGAAAGGGCCGAUGGUCAGCGCCCAGGACCUGACUGAGGAUGAGGAGGCUGAGGCUGUGGAUGAAGAUGUUGUGGAUGAUGUGGCAGCGGAGGACGAAGACGACGAGGCAGAAGUGGAGGACGACGAAAAUGCAGAACUGACGGAGGAAAAAGAAGAUGAAGAGGAGGAGGCGCUGGUCGGAGAGGUGAAAGCUUCCCCCAACGCUGACACCACCAUCCUGUUCGUCAAAGGAGACGACUUCCCUGCUAACAACAUCGUAAAGUUCCUGCUCGGCUUCACCAACAAAGGAUCAGAGAACUUUGUCGUGGAGUCUCUGGACGCCUCUUUCCGUUACCCACAGGAUUAUCAGUUCUACAUCCAGAACUUCACUGCUCUCCAGCUCGGCAUCGAGGUUCCCUCCGGCAGACAGGCCACCUUCGAGUACUCCUUCAUCCCCGCAGAGCCGAUGGGAGGACGGCCGUUCGGACUCGUCAUCAACCUCAACUACAAGGACGGCAGUGGAAAUAUUUUCCAGGACGCAGUUUUCAACCAGACGGUUACCAUCACUGAGCGAGAAGAUGGACUAGAUGGAGAGACGAUCUUCAUGUACGUCUUCCUGUCAGGCCUCGGGCUGUUGGUCGUUGUCGGCCUUCACCAGCUGAUGGAGUCGAGGAAGAGGAGGCGUCCUGCUCCGAAGGUGGAAAUGGGAACUUCGAGCCACAACGAUGUCGACCUGAGCUGGAUCCCACAGGAAACACUCAACCAGAUCAACAAAGCGUCUCCGAAAAGAUCUCCUCGCAAAAGAAGCCAGAAGCGCUCGGCCGGAUCAGACGAGUGACGGGUCCCUGACGCCACGGCGACAGAUCUUCACCCGUCUACAUAUGAGGAGGAGGAGGAGGAGGAGGAGGAGGAGGAGGAGACAAGGGAGGGCUGUGAGCGCCACGCCAAGCGCAACUCUGCCUUCUUUACUGAGGAACUUUAACCAGUGCCAAGCACAGCUAUGACUGGCUCUACUUUCAGCUUAAAAACUGUUCCACACACACACACACACACACACACACACACACACACACACACACACACACACACACACACACACACACACACAGGCAGGUUUGUUUAAUGUUUUCUAAAGAGAGGUGAAAGGAAGGUCUUGGAACAGGUGUGUGGGUUUUAAAGGCAGGUGAGGACGUUUUCUAUACAAGUUGUUGCGUUUCUUUUGGAUGAUGUGUUUGCCUUCGUAAGAGAACUGCUGAUUUGAUCGUCGUGGGACAGUUUUGAUUGUUUCUUCGUUGAGUACCUCCCACUCUGGUGUAGGGCUGAAACAAAUAGUGGUUCAUCAAUCAGUUUAGCAUCAACAUUCAUUCGUUAUGAUGAUAAACUGAAAAUCUGUCUCCCUGACUUUUGAUGAACAUUUGUCACUUUUUCUACAUUUACCAACAAAUAAUAAAUGUAAUCAUUAUUUACAGCCCUACCCUGGAGUGUUAAAACGGUAACAUGCAGUCUUUUGUUUUCAAUUGUGCAUUUUUUUUUGUUGUAGUUUUAAGUUCACAGAUUGUGUCAGAUUUUUUUCUAGCUGCUGUUGUUUUUUUCUUCGGCUCCCUUUCACUGCACUGAUCCUGAGAAUAUUUUGAUCCUGGUGUCGGGUAUCACUGAUUCACACACUCCUGAUGCUAGGUCACUAAAGAAUGCAAGGCCUCUGUGCCGCCGUCCUGUUAAAUGUAGCAGAGUGGAACGCUUUGGGCUCUCUGUGUCUGAAUGAACCCUGCAGACGGCCUGACAGUAGUUUUCAAAGUGUUACUUUCAAACUAAGGUUUUAAAAUGCGACAGAAUAAGGAGUCAAAAUUAACAAAAUAAAAUGUAGGAGCUUGCAAGAGCGCACUCAGUAGCAUCCCUGUGUACUUGUGUGUGCCGUUAUUGUGUAUAAACGGUUCCUAUAAAUGUCUUCGUUGCUACCUAGUUUCUGAUUUGGGUGUUGCCUUUAAAUGUGGCACAUAUAUUGCUGGAUGAAUUUGGCAUUAAACUGGUUCAAAUCCAGUAAAGUCUGCAGCUGAACUAUCAUAGGACAGGUGAACAUUGCCUUGUUUGGUUUAUGAAAUACAGAGUGAGAAUUCAUGAUUAUUUCAUGUUUGAAGUUUACAUUUUGGGAGGAGACGCAAAGCAGGAAGUUGUCAGUUUUCAGAAAAAAGUCGAGAUGAAUUGUUGAAUUGCUUCGCCUUUUUGGACUGUUGGAGUAACAACACCAACAAAUGGAAAGACCUAAAUGAGACUUAAACACCAUGAUAGACAUUUCUAACUGUUCUCUUAUGAAGAAUUGCUCAUGGCAGAAUUAAAGAUGACAAUAAUAAGUUUACUACAAAGGAUCUUCAAAGUCUGCUGAAAUGAUGCAGAAUGACCAAAAGUCAGGAAUAUCACAUCAGCAGGUGGAGAACGUGAUUCUUUUGCUUUCUAAUCAGAUCUGCAUAAAGGAAGUUAGCAAGCAGCACGAGUGGAGCACAGUGUCUGAUAGAAAACUUCCAUAUAUAUGCCUGACUUAGUGAAAUAAUGAACCCAACACUCACACGUCACAGAAACUAAGAGGAAACCAUUCACCGUGUCAUCAACAACCUCAGCAACUCAGAUGAGACUUCUUGUAGAAUCGCAAGAUUUAAAAAUUACAAACUACGGAAGCCCUGAAGGCAAGUGAGAAAAAACAUUCUGGUUAUCCUUUUUUCAAAGUCUGAUCUAAAUUGUUUCCUCUUCUGUGUUCAGUUGUGUCAGUUAUAAAAAAAUACAUUUUUCUUUUCUAGAAGUUUACCAAGUCCUUAGUGUUAGUUUUUUUAUUUUAUUCAAGCUAAAUUCAUUUUUCUGAUUUAUUCUCUCUGUGAAAACAUGCAGCUAAAUGUUCUAACAGGCUCUGUUCUGCAUCAUUUGCCUGUCUGGGAAAAUGGAUGCAAAACAAUGAUAUUUAUUAAUCAAGGUUUUUUUUUUUUUAAAUACUUCAAGAUUUAUUUUAUUUAACUCACCUUUUUUCUUACAAUAGAAACAGAUAAUUGUCCAAGUUUCUCAAUUUGUCUGUGGCAGCGGGUGCAAAAUCUUAGCAAGAUUUUAUUUCCUUGGAUCACUUCCAAUGACAACAUGAGGAGAGAUGUUUAGACAGGCUGAAGAAAUGUUCUCAGGUUUUCUCCGAUGUUAUUUUUUCUCCUUCCAAAUCAGAAAUGUCAAAGUUUCAAUCAAGCGCUUGUUGAAAUAUUAAUUUUAGCAACAAGAACUAAUGAAUCCAUGCAACCCAAACAGAAGGAAGCUGCAUACAGCAUACUAGAAGUCAAAAAGUUUUCUCCUUUUUUUGGCACUGAAAUUACAAAAUUAAUUUGAAUGAAUCCAUUUCGUACGGAAAAGCCACAUUAAAGAAAAAAGGAAGAAUAAAGUUGUACAGUUGCAAGGAAAAAAGGCCAAAUGUAUGUGUAGUUUCUGAUUUUGCUAUGCUUGGCCAUGCUCUGCCUUUAUGUUUUGUUAUUGUGGCGGAGCAUCUUGAGAAGACUUUUAUUUGAUAAUUAAUGUUUAAAUACUAAAGUUUAAAGCCUAACAUUACAACAUCAUUCUUUUAAUAUUUUGACUGUCUUCUCAUAAAAUAAGGACUUUCUCAUCCUACGACUUUUUUUCUUGUUCUAUAUAAAUUGUUCUUAAUAUCACAACUUUAUUAUGAAAUGUAAGGAUUCUUGAAGUCUUCUUUACAGUGGCUCUAACAUUUUGUCAUUUCAUGAGAUAGUUUCUCGCCUUUUUUUCCUGACUUAUUCACUCAGAAGAGAAAACGGUUAAGACUCAGACUAAAGAAAUGUAUUUUCUUCUUCUCUCUUGUCCUUCAGGGGUUAAAUAUCAAACCAUCAACAUGUGCCUGUUUUCUACUUUUCUUGAUUCUCUCUGUAACCAUAUUUUCAAAAUCAGAAGAUCAAUUUACCUGAAAGUGAAUCUGAGUGUUUUUGUUUUCUAUUUUCUUUUUCAAUUGUAACAAUGUUGAACUGGCUGAAGCACUGGUGUAAAUACUGGCUGAUGGAGGAUCACAGCAAAAUUACUGAGCUAAUUUAUUUGAGUGACAGAUUUGGUCCUAAAUAGGGUGGGGUUUUGUGCACUGUUAUUUUUUAUUUUACCACUAGGGGGCAGCACUGAUUUGCUUUGCAGGCUGGGGGCUCUGUUUGAAGUUCCUGCUCUGCAGAGCUUUGACAUUUAAAGCUUUGUGGUUCUGUGAGGAAAUGACCUCAAAGUCUGGAUUCAAACUGUUGUUUCAUGUUGGAAUUAGACAAUCCGACAAGUUGCAUUAUCAGAAAAACACAGUCCAGAUUUAACACACCUGAUACGGAUCAUAGAUCCACAGAAAACUGAGCGGAUGUUUAGGUUUUUAUUUUAUUUUCUAAGAUGAUGGGGCUGUCAUUCACAGAUUGAAGUUUCGACUUUCAUUUGCUUUUAAAUGUGCAGAAAAUAAACUUUGAUGAUUUGCUGUA